AUGGACAUGAGCGUGGAGAACUGUUUCUUCUUUCCGCAAGCACCAGCGCGGGUUGUAUUCAGCAUAGGGUCCCACGACACAGCGGUGGAGUCGUUGUCCCUUGCACUGCAUCCCGGAGCAAUGCCAAGCGCCCAUGCAAAUGUGGCAUCGAUAUCCGUCAUAUCCCACCUAGGGACUGAACUGGAGCUACAGGGUCACGUUGAUGGAAGUCUGCAUUUGCUGCAUUACCAAGAUCGCAGAGUGUUGCUUCGCUACGACCUGUCCAAGAACACAGACCCGAUUACACAAGUUUCGUUGCACGUUGCGGAAUCAAGACUCGAAAUUGUCGUUCUCCUUCGCAGUGGCAAACUCUUGUCGGUCGAAGGACUCUGUGUGGAUGACGUUCUCCUCCAAUCCCCACCCGUUCCCAUGUCGACAUUGUUUUCAAAAGUGCGCCUUCGUGUGGGUGCUGUCGGCCCUUGCCGCAACGAUCAACCAUCGCUGAUGCAAAUCCGUCGCACCGCCACGUCCACGGAUAUAAUCGUUGGAAACCAUGGACAGUCUUGCAUUAGUCGGUGGAUCUCUCAAACCAGCACCAACCCUGACGAAAAAGCACUGCAUACCUUUACCGAACAAGCUAUUGUCAGUCACAGUGCAUUUCCGUUGCUUCAGCAGUUGCAUGUGGGGAACUCGGGCGACGUGGUCGUGGCCGUGUCGCGCCAUUCAAUUGCAUGGUGGGACGCAAGCAGCUCGAUGGAAUUCCUGUAUGAGCACUCGGUCUCCCCUCAAGUGAUACAGAGCUCGGCUUGCUUUGCACACGAUCCAUGGAAGGUUGCUAUUUCGACUACUCCGGGUCCACAGUCAUCUUGUACGUUUGUGGAUGUUUCCAUCGUCAGCGUGACCUUCAAAGGCCCACGGGAGUUGGUUGCCACUGUAUCGAUCAAAACAUGUGGCUCGUUCCCGUACAUGUCGGCGUUCUUGUUCUCCGACGGCGUCGAUGGCCUCGUAGUUGGUGCAUUUACCCGUCGCAAUGCUGCGAUAUUCAGAAUCAACGUGGGUCCCGACCACGACCUGCCAUGUCCGAGCACCGCCGCGGCCGCCGACGGCUUCCACGCCACGACUUUGUCGACGACAGCAGCGUUGGACGAUCUGUUUCAACGCGCGCAGCAAGAUCAUGUGCAUUUGUCCUCCAUUUCUCGCGACGAGUUUCAAACGACGUUGUGGGCUGCACUGGACGCGAACCCGGACCUUGUGACGCCGUGCCUGGCCCAAACGUUUCUCCAAACCAAGUACUUGGAUUGGUUGAUGCAAGAUUUGAGCGAAUGGACGCCCGACGACGCGGCCGUGUCGGCGCAACAUGCGCGGUGGAUUUCGUUUCAGCUCAUGUCCAACUCGACCGAGUUCUCUGCGCCGCUGUGGCACGAGUUUCGCACGGCCAACUUGGUGACGAUCCUCCAUUUGUUGCUUAGCCAAGGCGCCAUGGGCCGCCUUCAAAUCCUAUGGCGGCGACACGUGUGCCUCCAACUCGUCGACGCGUUCUCCGUGCAAUUGUUGCCGUUGGACGUGCCUGCGGCCACUGUAACCCAUUGGAUUCGCCACGAAGUGCUGCCGGUCCAUCAGUACUUUAACGUGCCCGUGGACAAGCUUGCGCUAGGUAUUGUAGAACGAGCCAAGGUGAUGGCCACCGAAGGCGACAUCGAAGGCGCGUUGCUGUGGACGACGGUAGUAUGCCCUCAACUGUUGCCGCCAGAACGUCUGUGGAAGCAAUCGAAAGCGCAUGAACACGACCCCGCCCGGCAAGUACACAUUCAGCUGCAGCAGUUGGUGUACUUGGGCAAACAAUUCGACUUUUACGUGUCGUUCCAAGCAUUGCAAUCGGCAAGUGUACCAGGCUUGGCCAUGGCAAUGCUCGAUCGAGUGCAAGUGGCCGACAUGUUGCCCACGGAAUUGGCCAACCACGUCGAGCCGUUCCUCGCCAUCACGUCGAAAUCGGCCUUGGACGAUAUUUUAGUCGACUAUGUUAUGGAAAAGGCGGCUGAAAUACCGUUUGACGAAGCGCGGUGCUGUAUUCUGUUGGACAAGAUUGUGUCCAUGGAAAAGCGAGCCAAAUCGGCGUUGGCAGUGCUGCAAUCCAUUCCGCUACCAUAUCAGCGAUCGAUGCUGGACUUGGCAGUUCACGCGGCAAGCUGGCCAAGUGCGUACCAAAUGGAAUUGCAGGAACAACUGCGCUUGAUGCAACUCGAGGAACUGUUUGGCAAGUACGGGUUGAAGUACGACAUCCACGACGUUUGGUUGCCCGCGCGGUUUUGCCGAUACCUGUGCACGCAAGUGGACAACCCUGAUGCAUUUCCGGAUGCGUUGAACCUGGCGCAAGCAUCGCACCAGCUUCGACGGGAACGGGUAGUGGUUCAGUAUAUGGAAAACUUCUUGUUAGCGCCUCCGACACACGACGGCACGCGGCACCCCUCACAGUUGCUUGAAUCUAUCGAGGUCCUUGCCGCGCCUCUAAAGUGGACCGUUGCCGUUGAAGUGGUGCAGUUUGGGCUGCUCUACUUGGAUACGAUUCCCCACAUGGGCCAAGCAUUGCUGUCGUUUGUGUCGUCGUUGCUGGCCCAAAGCCCGAGCCACCGCGGGUUUGAACGCGUCGUAAACACCACGUUGCAACUGGCGCUGCGCCAAGUGCACCAACUCCGGACACUGUACGACGUUCCGCUGUCGAUGGAAGCAUUUCAAGCUCGGUCACAGCAUCCACAAAUCUUGUUGCCGCUGCUUCAACCGUGGCUGGACGCGUUGCGCCACCAACCUGCGCCGUCCCUGAAACGAAAGCGACACAUCCCCACCGUUGCUGUCGUUGUAUCGCGGCACAUGACGAUAGAAGGAACGAAUGCGCUGACGAGAACCCAGCAAUGCAGCCUGCUUCUGGGCAUGCCCACGGGGGAAUUUCGCGCGUUCCUGGGCGUCCAAGCGGCCUCCAUAGGCGACGUGGACCAAGCCCUACGAUUCGCGCGGAAUACCAACGCUACGGCGAUGAAACAAGUGGCCGUUGCCCUGUUGAAGUACAUGGUGGUGUCCAGUCAGAUCAGCCAUCGAAGACUGCGGCUGGCUCGGGACUUGCUCGUGAAUUGCGUGACCCACGAAUCCUGCACCGCCACCAUGGACCAAGAUGUGACACUGUUGAAGCAAGUGGCGCUGCUUUGUUCGAUCCACGACCACACGACGGAUCAGUCGGAUGCCCGGGACGAGUUGUUUCAAACGUAUUUGCCGUGGAGGAUUUACGAACAUUGGUACCGGGAAGCCGCGGUGACCCUGAAGUCGUCGGUGCUUCCGUUGGCGAUGACGUACGCCAUGUCCCAACAACACCCCGCCGCGACCACCGAAUCCAUUGCGUUGUCUGCCAAGCAGUUGAUUUCCUAUCUUGUGGAUGUGCAAGCACCGCAACUCGCGUUGUCUGUGCUUUUGAGCGCCCCCGUCAUCCCAGACGAUGCCGUCGAGGUGUUGGCCCAACAACAAGAUCAAAUGCUGUCACACAUUCUGUACGCCCAUCACAUCGACCGCGAUUUGGCUUUGGGGUACAUGCUGAGCAUGGAUCAGCAAACCGCGUUUUCAGCGUUAAACAAACGACUGGUGCGGGAAAACGUGUACAAUGACUUUGCGAGGCUCCAACAGUUGGCCCAGCUUGGGUCCCAAGUAGCCCGAACGUGGCAGCAGAUUGGCUUUUUGCACAUUUGCACCGAGCUCGAAAUCAAUUCCAAGUGGUGGCAUCACUUGAACCUGUUGGGGAUUACCUGCGACCACAAAGCGUUUCGCAGCGAUCGUCGAGAUCACAAAGCCAUCCAAGACGUGGUCCCGUUGCUCCUGGAUGCGACGAGCUUGGAUUUGUACUGUGCGCUGGAAUUUACGCGCCAAUACAACAUCCCAGACAGUGUGCCGUGCUUGCUUUACGUGAAAGCGCUGCUGUUGACGUCGAGCGACUACAAAAGUCAAAUCGUCGGUGUGUUGGAGGAUGUACACGAGCACGAGUUGAUCCCGUUGCUACUGAGCGUACUGCCAAAACUCUCGGGCACCGACUACGACCGGCUGCUGUUUGUGUUCAACUUGCUGCAGAAAUCCGCCUACACCGAACAAGACGAAGUCCAGAACCGAGUUCAAGUGCUGCACUUUCUACAACAUUACACUCCCCAGCUGUGUUUCCACGCCAUCAUGUCGGACCCGUGGAGCGUGCUGGCGUCGCAAUUGACGGCCACCACUGUGGGCCAACUCGUGUCGUUGUGUACGCCGUUGGACAUUGACGCAGACGAAAUGUACAUGCGCCUGAUCAAAAACAUGAUUCAAGGCGAUCCGUCGUCGUUGUCGUUUGAUUCGUUCCGCGGUAUUUUGAGCAAAUUUAGCCAAGUCGACCACAAGAUUACAACGGCGGAAUGGUUGAGCAAGAAGAUUCCCCGCUCGUCGUUUGCGAUCUCGGCCGUGCAGUUUGCGUUGGACAUGUCACAACAACCCAACCACCCAAAGACCCAGCGCCUCCAGCAAACAUUGGUGCAACUGCAAACAACCGAGUGCUGGAACGCCAUGAGCCAGGAAUUUGACGGCGCGGCGCUACCCGAGCCGCAGGACUCGCCCAAGAAACUCAUCGAACUCGUCUAUUUUAAGUACGGCCAGCAAGCGUGGACCACCCAGACCAGCGUCGUGCACGACACAGCUUUGAAAAUCGCCACGUUGAAUGACGCCGACUUGGCUACGAUCCAGCACGAAAUCCGGUGGAAGUGGCUGUCGGCUCGACACACCAAGCCACCCACCCAGCAAACCGUGUGGAAUUAUCUCACCGACGACGACGAAGACGCUCGACUGGGUCGGUUGCUGUACAUCAGUUGGACGGGUGACCCCAAUGUCCUGCACGAGCUGGUCAAGUACGCAUGCGAUCCCGUCCCCAGGGCUGGGUUGACCUACCGCGUCAAGUACCGCGCCCUCCAAAUCGUUCAACAGAUAGCCGAUACAUUUCAGCUGGAAACGGAGACGUUGAUCCCAGACUCGAUGGCCGUGCCGUUGUCUGAAUUGAAGCAGUCGUGCCGUCUCUUGGUUAUGUUUGAAGAACUGCAGCAUCCGCACUCGCUGGCGUCGUUUGUCAAGUCCGACAAGGAGAGUCUCGUGCGAGGUUUAUGGCGCGAACACUAUCACGACCCGGCGGUGGUGAUCUUGAUCAGUGAGCUCAUGGUGUCGUACGCUAUUGCCAACGACUCGCUUUGGCAUCGCGUGCUGCAGCAAAUGGUCUCGCUGUCCAUGUUCCCAACGCUAUUUCACUUGCUGCGACCCCUCAUUCGUCAGUUUCCGUCCGUGGACUUAACACCGUUCUUUGAGCAAACAAUUCGGUGGCCGUUGCAACACAUGGACAAGGACAUCGUACCUGCCAACGUGGAAUGCAUCCUCGAGGAAAUUGUGUUUCUGAUCCAACAGUGCCCGUUCAUCCAGAGUCUCAACGUAGUAGACAUUGUCCAGUUGCUGCACACCAUGUCGACGCAAUUCGAGAUGUUUUCCCAGUAUGCAGUGCAAAGUGCGUUCGGCAUCCCCCAAGUAGCGGCGCGCACGGCGUUGUUGUGCCACCUGUGCGACACCAACCACGCCUACGUGGUUCCAAUUUUUGAGUAUUUGGCCAACCUGUCGCCGCUGGACGUUGUGGACGCCGACUUUUUCGCUUCGUAUAUCGUGUCCCAUCCACAAGCUCAACAAACGCUGGUGCAGUCAGUGUAUGGCCAAAGGUAUUGCGAGUGGAUCGCACGGCGUCCAGACACUUCUGCGAUGGACCACGCGCUUGCGUUUCUGUUGGAACACCGCCGAUUCGACGACGCGAACGACUUGAUAGCACGCCAUUUCCGCCAAUUUCCCCACAAACAACAACAUGGGGACGCACCAACCAUCGUCCAGUGCUACUUGGGCCAAACGACGUCGCCCGUCUUGGCUCGGUUUCAAAAUGGCGCCUCAUUGGACGACCAAGGGGGUUUAUAAUCGACGGUAACGUUAUACAUGACGGUGCACUCGAAUUUAUUGGACCACCGCUAUCCACGAUGCAGAUUAUUCUGUCGUCUACGCUUGGUUUGCUUUACCUAUGAUGGACGAACGAAACGUUCACUGUGACUUUUACUACUCGACAA